GGAAGAAAACGCUAACGUUGGUUAUGGUGUACUAGAUGUAGGUGACUGUUUGUCAAACGUGUGACAAAGGUACUGAAGAUGCUUUGCUUUACUGUGACAAGUGCCAGAAUUACGCUCUUCAUCGGUAUAACUUGUUUCAAUUGUGCUUCCAAGAUGGAACAAUUGCUGAAUUGAAGCUUUUGUGGAGAACCUUGUUGAGGCUUCCGUUGGGCAUGUACUUGUACACCAGGACUAAGUUAUUACCCUCACAGCACCACCCAUGAAGCUGAAUCAGAUUCUUGUGCCACAAAGAACCCACCAUAGUUGCAAACUCUGUGGUAAAAGGAUUACGCAGACUAGCGAUCCCAUCAGCCCUCUCAAACCUUUUCACUGCCACUUCUCCACCAGAGGGCAGAGACCCUGUAUAAACCUUAGCUGAUGCCCCUUCCCCGACAACCCUGUGUCGGUUAAACUCCCUUGUCACUGAUCUUAUCCAAGAGACAAGCUUGUCGGAACUUAACUAGCUGGCCCAAGUACAACAUAAUACUCAAUAAACAUAACAUUAAAUCUAUUUAACCCCUAACAGUGAUUAAGCUAAUCACUGCUAUUACAACUCAGUUCAUAUCACUUCGACUUGCAUGUCAGACUCCUGAGCUACUGGUGAACUAUGUUUGCAGAACCCUUUACUUUUGUGGAAAAUGCUUUCGAACGAGUAUUGCAAAGUGGGUGAAUAAAUCAGACAGAAGAAAGUUGGAAACUUACUCAGAAAUCUUGCAUCCAAUCACUUUGGUGAGAAGAGAAAAGGUAACCCGUCCCAACAAGGAAACUUCCUGGAAAUUUCUCGAGUCCAUCUUCCACCUUUCUUGUGGAAAAUACUUGUCCUUUCACUUUAGCUUUUCCUCUUGCAUGCGGAUUUUCAUGUUGCCCUCUUUCAAGAGCUUUACAUUGCAAGGAAACAUUACAGCGGUGUGGCUCAACUUUAUCCCCGCCUUAUCGUACCUUAACUUUGUAGCGUGACAACAGUACACGAUUUACAGCAACUGUUUCUCCCCAUGGCAUUGAGCACCCAAAGAGCCUCAGCAUCUUUUCUUUCGAAUGAAUCAACUCCUCGAUGGGAUUAUGAUGUGUUUUUGAGUUUUAGGGGUGUAGACACCCGCAAGCGUUUUAUAUCUCAUUUAUACGGUGAAUUGUUCAAGUGGCAAGGAAUUAGGACUUUCUUGGACGACCAUGAGAUUGAAGGGGGAACAAGUAUUCGUCAUGAGCUCCCGAGUGCGAUCGAAAAAUCGCAUACUGCAAUUGUUGUUCUCUCGCCGAACUAUGCUUCUUCCAAAUGGUGCUUGAAUGAACUUACAAAGAUUCUUCAAUGCAUGGAAGCCAGGAAGUCGGUUCUGCCGGUCUUUUAUGAGACAGAUCCCUCCGACGUAGGAAAUCAGAGGGGAUCUUUUGCCGAAGCCUUUGAGGAGCAUGAAAGAAACUUGAUCAGUACCGAAGAUAAAAAGAAGGUGGUCCAAUGGAAAGCUGAUCUAAAAAGUGUAUCCAAAAUUUCUGGGAAGCAUUGGAAGGAUUUUAAGGAUGAAAGAAAGCUGAUUGAAGACAUCGUCAAAUGGGUGUGGGAGAAAGUGCAAGCUACACUCACGCCAACAGAUUCCUCAUGGAAGUUAGUUGGAACUGACUAUGCACUAGAGCAACUAAAUAUGCUGUUUGCUCAUGAUGCUAAUGAUGUUCGCUUUAUUGGGAUAACGGGUAUGGGUGGCAUAGGCAAGACAACCCUUGCUAACCUAGUUUAUGAUAAAAUCCUCCAUGAUUUUGAUGUUCAUUGUUUUCUUGCCAAUGUUAGAGAGGAAUGUGCAAAAUAUGGUAUAGUUGAUCUUGCAAAAAAACUUCUUUCCCGCCUCUUGAAGGAAAGGAACCCAGAAAUUUGGGUUGAAGAGCGCGUAAGUAUUCUCAUUGAGAAGUUCUUACGCAAUAAAAAGGUUCUCCUCGUACUUGAUGACGUGGAUGAAUUGAAGCAACUUGAAGUGUUGGCUGGAAAUCAAGGUUGGUUUGGUAUGGGGAGUAGAAUUAUCGUGACAACUAGGAAUCAGCGCUUGCUAGUCGAACAUGGUAUAGAAACAUCAUAUAAGGUGCAGGGGUUGAAUGAUGCCGAAGCACUUAAGCUCUUUAGCCUGCAUGCGUUUAAAAAAGACCAACCUGAGGAAGAUUUUUUGGAACUGUCUAAGUAUUUCAUUAAUCAUGCUGGAGGCCUUCCAUUAGCUCUUAAGACUUUGGGGUCAGCUUUGUUUAAGAGAGGGCUAGAUGCUUGGUGUAGUGAACGGGAUAAUCUGUCAAAAUUCCUAAGCCAAAAAUUUUUGAUACACUUAAAAUAAGUUACGAUGGACUAGAAGAGAUGCAAAAGAGCAUUUUUCUCGAUGUUGCAUGUGUCCACAAAGGGAAGUACACGAAGCGAGGAAUUAUUGAAAUAUUAGAUAAUUCUAAUUCUUUGGGAAUUUCUAGCCUUGCUGUGAUAGAUGUUCUAAUUGAGAAGUCUCUCCUCUAUCAAGAUCACCAAAAUUGCAUAUGGAUGCAUGAUUUGAUACAAGAAAUGGCAUGGAAAAUUGUUGAUGAUGAGUCUAAAGAGCCUGGUAAACGUAGUAGGUUGUGGCGUUACAAUGACAUUUCUCAUGUAUUCACGACUAAUACGGGAACGGAAGCAAUUGAAGCAAUAUCCUUAUGCUUGCCCAAAGUAGAGGAGGUACGCCAGUGGAAUGGGGAAGCCUUCUCUAAGCUCCAUGGACUGAGGUUUUUGGAAUUCGGACUUGCCCAGCUUGAAAUAUAUCAAUCUUACAUGGUCCAAUAAAUUGAAGAGUACCCCAGAUUUCAGUGGUCUUCCAAAUCUUGAGACAUUGGAUCUUUCGGAAUGUAAGAAUUUAGUUGAGAUGCACCCAACUAUUGCAGUCCUUAAAAGACUUAAAUUUUUGAUACUUGAAGGGUGUGAAAGCAUUAAGAGCCUCCCAAGUGAGGUUGAAAUGGAUUCUCUUGAACUUUUCCGUCUUGAUCGUUGCUCAAAUGUGAAAAAGAUUCCAGAAUUCGGAGAGCAGAUGAAGAAUGUGUCUUGGAUGUUCUUAAGUGGGACUGCGAUCGAGGAAAUACCUUCAUCAAUUGGACAUCUGGUUGGCCUUAAGGUAUUGGAUCUACGCAAUUGCAAAAAUCUGAAAAAGAUUCCAGAAUUUGGGGAGCAGAUGAAGAAUGUGUUUUGGAUUGACUUAAGUGGGACAGGCGAUCGAGGAAAUACCUUCAUCAAUUGGACAUCUAGUGGGCCUUAAGCAGUUGUAUCUAUGUGAUUGCAAAAAUCUGAAAAAGAUUCCAGAAUUUGGGGAGCAGAUGAAGAAUGUGUCUUUGAUUCACUUAGGUGGGACGGCGAUCGAGGACAUACCUUCAUCAAUUGGACAUCUGGUUGGCCUUAAGGUGUUGAAUCUAGAUAAUUGCAAGAAUCUCUUGAACCUUCCAAUGGCUAUUUAUAGUUUGAAGUCUCUUGAA